AAUUUAAAACUCCCGCCAACUUGGCACUGCGAAUCGGUUCAAAUGUUGCCAGCCGAUUGGGAGAGCGCAACAUGUACUGCAACACUAAGCAAAAAAAUAAUAAACCAAAGUCUAUUUAAGCAACACGAAAAGCUCAAUCGUUUUCACUCGAAAUUUCGUCGGCUUCGAGGUGUGUUGGCUUUGCUUUUCCGCCGCAAACUCCCCGGAAAAUAUAAACAAAAACAAGAUAUUCUAAAAUAUUCCAAAACCAAACAUUCUAAAAACUGAAUUAUUUUUUGUGAUUUUUUUUGCUCAUUAAAAAGCAAUUUGUAUGACAAUUUCGUGGUUAGUGUUAAAUAAUUAGAAUAUUCUAAGUGUUUACCGUUAAUCGCCUGCAAGCCACCAAAAAAAAGCGCGCAAUUUGAUUUCUGGCGGAAUUUGCUGAUUAUUUUUUGUUUUUUAAAUAAAUGUUACACAAAAAAUGGAAACAAAAAUGGGAAGCCAGAAAAUAAAUGAAUGAAUGAAUUUUUUUUGCCAAAAUCUGCUGCGUGUGCAAUUCAAUUCGAAAUAACAAAACAAAAACCAUAAAGAAGAGCAAAAAAAAAAAAAAAAAAAAAGAAAAGAUACCGCGAAAAGUCAUAAAGAAAAGGCAGUCAAUUGCCCAAGGAGAGGUGCUUCACUAGAACGACUAGCAUCACCACUAUAUCAGCAAGAGGCACCAACAUCAGGGGCAGCAGCAGGCGCGGCACCACCAUGCUGCCGCAGCAAUACUGCCUGAGGUGGAAGUACCACCAUAGUAAUCUGCAGACCAUGUUCUCCCAGCUCUUGGAUCGUGGCUGCUUCUGCGAUGUGACUUUGGCCUGCGAGGGUCAGCUCAUCCGCGCCCAUCGCGUUGUCCUUUGCGCCUGCAGCACCUUCUUCGACGCCGUGCUCUCCAAUUACGCCAGCGAACGCGAUCCGAUCAUCAUCAUGAAAGAUGUGACCUUCGCCGAGGUCAAGUGCCUCAUUGAGUUCAUGUACAAGGGCGAAAUUAAUGUGGAGCAUGCCAGCCUUCCUUCGCUGCUUAAGACCGCAGAUGACCUAAAGAUCAAAGGACUGGCCGAGGUGACCUGGCGCGAUGACGAAGACGGUCCGCCGCCACCGAUGGCCGCAGCAGAAUUCCACUCGCCGCCGCGCAGUCUGGCAGAGAGCUAUGCUCAGGAUUUAAUCCUCCAUCACCAACAGCAGCAGCAGCAGCAGCCACCAACCGGGCCACCCUUGCAUCUGCACAGCUCUGCGAUUUUGGACAGAGACCGUGAACGGGAUCGUGACCAUCGUGAACGUCUGUCGCCGGGAAUGGAGAGCGUAUUGGGUCGCAUGCCCGUAAUGACGCCAAUACCGGGUGCAUCCGGCUCAGCAGGUGUGGGUGCAAUAUCCGGGGCCACAUCUCUCGAUGGCGUAGCACCCGUGGAGCACUUUCUGGGUCCGAAACGCAAGCGGGGUCGUCCGCCACUAGACGACGCCUACGAUGUGUUCAAUGUACGUAAGCUGGCCCAGUAUGCCGCCAACCUGGAGCCCGCCCAGCGUGCCUAUUUGGAGACAACGCGUCACUUUGCCGAGGAACCACCGCUGGCCGCCCAUGCCGCCUCGUUGGCAUCCCCGCCCGCCGCCUGCCCACCCAAACAGCGCCAGCGUCUACGUCACCAGCAACAGCAGCAACAACAACAGCAGCUCCUCCAGUCGGAGACCAGUGACCCAGAGCCAUCUGUUGCUGGUCAAGAUUGGUCCAAUUCGGAGCCAAAUGGUAAUACCACGCCGAAGACCCUAAGCGAUGGCGAUGCCAAUAAACAGGAAACUGAAGCCGGCGAUGAAUCGCAACCGGAAGUGCUCACCGUCACUAGUAGCACCAGCAGUGCCACCAAAAAAUCGGAGAAGACUAGUGAGCGUCGCGAACGUCAUGGCAAACUGCGUCAUGCUCGUCGGCUAUAUGAGAAAUCUGGAGAGGAUGAGGUUGAACAGCCAAAGGAAGAACCCGACGAGUUGCCUCAACCCCUGGAGGAGAUCGAGAAUGAGCAUUUGGUGGCUAAUCGGGCGGACUCGCCACGUCCAACGGUCGUAAUACCGGCCAGUUUUGCCAGCAAAUACGAAGGAGGUGUGGCAGCCGGAGCCGCUGGAACUGGAUCAGGAUCUGGAGCCAGUGGAUCUUCCUAUUUGAUCAACGAACAUGGCAUGUUGCUGGCCCAUGAAUUUGCACCGAAUGUGGCAAGUGCCGCUGCAGCUGCCACAGCUGCCGUUGCCGUAGCUGCAGCAGCAGCCGCAGUAGCAAAUGCCUCGGCCGGAAACGGAAAUGGUGGACAGGAUCCAGGUGGCAGUGGUGGAAGUACUGGUACUUCUGCAGAUUAUCCCGACAUCAAACUGGAGGACUACGAUGCCGCCGAGUUGCGUUUAACAAACGAAGAGCUGUCGCAGUGGCAGGACGUCAUCAAGAUGGACGACUAUCUGGCCAAGGGGCGGCGUCCACAAUUCUGGGAGGAGCCCUUUACCAAGCGUGUAUUGGAUGCCAUAAAAAAUAAAAGACUCGAGAUGAAGAAGGCCGCCAGAAUUCUGGGCGUUUCCUAUGGAACUCUAUAUGGGCGUUACCGCGAGGUCUAUGGCUGCCUGAAGCAUCCUUAUAGUGGCACCGCCUUCCGUAACUCGGGUUCCAGCUCGGCUAGCCAGUUGGGUGUUCAGCCGCGCUUUGAUUUGGGAUUCCGUAAUGGCAGUGUCCUGCCAGCACAGCUGGAGCUGGGCAAGCUGAAGAAGGAUCUGAGCGAGCUAUGGACACGUCCGCAGAUUUGAGGGCCAAUUCAAGCCACAACUAUAAAGAAGAAACUACAGAAAAAUCUCAAACGACGCCACAGGCUGAUCUAGGAACACAAGAAUAAAAGACAGCUAGACGAGGCUAGUUUUAGAUCCCGAAGAUAACUUCCCUGAAUCGAUUCCCAACAUUAAUUUGUGUUGCUGCACCCUACGGGUGGCGACUAUAACUGAUCUUCUAAACAUUUAGGAUCUUAUUAUUAUUAUAUAUAUAAUAUAUAAAUACAUGUCUAUAUACAUUUAAAGACGACGCACGCGUUGAUUAGUUAAUUGAAAUACUUAUUAUAAAUCUGUAGAGAUAAAUACAUUUCUCUUGGUAGUGAAAUUCAAAAACAUAAACUAUGGAAACUAGUUAAUCAAUAAUAUAAAAUAAAAAUAAAAAAAAAGUGAAGUGAAUUUUUUGAUAAGCUAAUGAACCGAACACAAACAAUAUGUAUUACAUACAAAAAAUAUGUUUAAAACGAAAUAAAAUAAUGUCUAUGAAAAAUAUGUUUAAAACGAAAUAAAGUAAUAUCU